AGAACAGUUGGUCGAAGAACACUCAAAAACUUUGUUACGAUUAUGAGUGUGUUUAAAUUUUUCAUCGCAACUCUAACACUGAUCGUUCUGGCACAAGCCGUUAUUUCCAUCAGAGUAUUCAGAAGACGAUAUAGAAAUCCGUAUAGAUACGUCACAAAAUGUAAACCGCAAACCGAGAAAUGUGUUUCUCUCAGAUGCAGCAGAUUUUCAAGAACUGUCCGUCUGCCGUUUAGUUACAGUUAUGCCUGCUGCACUGGAAGAUUAUAUGAUGAAAGGAAUUAUGUCUGUGUCCGUUACCGAUACGGUCGUCAUACAAGAAUCGUUUUGCAAAGAUGUAAUCCUUGUCGCCAAUUUAGAUGUGCCAGUGGAGAAUGUACAUUAAAACGAUGGCGAUGCAAUAACGUGAAAGAUUGUACAGAUGGAAGUGAUGAGGUUGGUUGUCCUCGGUGCAUACCUAAUUUCUUCACUUGCAGAAGGACAAGACAAUGCAUUAAAAAAAGGAGAGUUUGUGACAAAAUAAACAAUUGUGCAGAUGGAUCUGAUGAAGUUGGAUGUCCAACUCCACUUGGCAACAAAUGUGGACCAAACUCCUAUCGUUGCAGAAAUAACAAGUGCAUUCUAUGGAGACUUGCAUGCAAUGGUUAUAAUAACUGUGGAGAUUGGUCUGAUGAAAAAGGUUAUUUCUGUAAAAGGUAUGGACUUCUGAGACGUCGUCGUCGUAGAAGAUUAGGUAAAAAACGAGACGAAAUUCCCAAUGAUGAUGUGAGCAAUGAUGAAGUGAGCAAUGGUGGUGAUGGUGAAACAGGAACUACUUCCGGCUGAAUGUUUGAUUUAAGAACUCGUUCCCCCAUAAUAUGAUUGUAGUUUUUUAUUUAUUUUACAUUAGCUUGCACUUUUAUUAAUUUACUUGUAAUCUUUUUUGGAAGUUAAUAAAUAUCUCAAAUAAAUUCCCACAAAA